AUUGAUUUUUUGUUUCCCUUUCGUGCCGUUAAAAAAAUCAAUGAAUUCGAGAAAAGAAAAGUCGCGUCAACUCUGGGAGAAUAUAGAUUGGGACUCUGCUUUCUCAAAUAAACCUGCUGUCGUCAAUGCAACACUCAAUUCCUUAACAAAUGAGUUUGAUGUGGCAAGAAAGACCAGACCUCACUCUAAAUUUGACUACAUGUCUUCACGCACAUCCACAACUUCGAGAUCUACCUCUCAGCAAGGCUGGGGUGAAGCUCCUAAUGCUGCAAGUGUUUGGUCGUUCGAGGAAACUGAGGCUGUGCCAACUGACAAAUUCAGUUCAAAGAGUGCAACAGCUACAUUUCGCUUAAACUCUGAAGUUGAUGAUGACCCUCAAUUCAGCGAAGUGAUUGACUAUACUGCAUUUCGUCAACAGGAAGUAAUACCUGAUUUUGAUGAUAUUAUAGUAGAAGAAGACGAAAAUGAAGGUCGUAGCUUUCGUGACCCGUUACCGAACAUACCCAUCAACAAAGUGAAAUCUUCUUACGAUUCCAUUGAACAAUACCUUUACACUCACUUUGAACUAAUGAGACAAGAUUUCUUAAUACCUUUGCAAAAAGCUAUAAAAGCGUAUAAGGCUGAUUACGACCUUGUGAAAGAUAAAGAAGACAUUUCAUUGUCAAUGGAAGGAUUGUCGGCUCAAAGGCCGUAUCGUCUUUAUGAGCAUGUACAUUUAAACGCCAUUGUAUUUGGUAGUAGGCAGCCACUGUACAGAAUUAGUUUCCGUUUACCAUAUUAUGUCAGAGUGAAUUGGACACAGUCAAAAAGAUUAUUACCUGGUUCUUUGGUUUUAUUGUCAAAGGAUAAUUUUGAUCAGGAUUUAAAAAUUGCGACAGUAGUUAACAGAGAGGAUGAACCUAUGAGAGGCCCUAGUAGGUUUGAGUACAUGAUUGAUAUAUAUCUGGAAAGAGACAAUGAGCAACAACCGCUUGGGUUUGGAGAUCCUUUAUCUCUUGAAGAAACCUCCUAUGUCAUGAUCGAAGCAACUGAUGGUUACUUUGAAGCCUAUCGACAUGUGCUGAAUGUUUUCAAAAAAAUCAAACCAGGGGAUUUACCUUUUUCACAAUACCUUGUCAAUUUAUCAAACGAUGUUAUGGUUCCUCACUAUGCAGCCAGAAGACGGAUAUAUGAUAUAAAUGUGAACAAAAGAAGUCAGUAUGAACGUUGGCCUGUCGAUAUCACACAAGAAUGGCCGUUUUACAAUAUUGGCAUGGACAGGACGCAAAUGGAUGCUCUUAAAACUAUUCUGUCUCAUAAUCUCUCUAUUGUUCAAGGUCCUCCGGGAACGGGUAAGACUUUCGUGGGUACAUACGCCAUGAGAGUUCUUCUAAAUAAUUUUGAUGGCUCAAUUGGACCAAUUAUUUGUAUAUGCCAAACAAAUCAUGCUCUGGACCAAUUUUUAGAGCACAUAUUGAGUCACUGCGACGAGAUUGUAAGAGUUGGCGGAAGAUCCAAAUCAGAGCUGCUCAAAGAGCAUACCAUGUAUGAACUAAAGAAAACACACGAAAGACCUCGUGGUAUCGGUCGUUUAUAUCGAAGCAGGGAUGAAAUCACCAAACAAAUACGGGAAACGCUGGUCGAACUAUACGAAGAGCCUUGCGUGGAUAUUGACUUUGUAGCCUCUAUCAAUGCGUUGAGGCCUCGUCAGAUUGAGGCGUUGAAACGAGUUGGUGAGAGGGAAAAAGGGACGUCUGAGAUAAGGGAACAUGAAUCUUUUGACACUGUCGGUAAUGAUUCGGAUGACGAUUGGGUUAUCAGUUCUGUUGAACCGACACCUUCUAAAGUCAAACCCACAAAAUCGUUCAAAAAUAAAAGAAACAAAAAAAAUACAAUCAAUAAUGAUUGGUUAGGUGGAAAUCCCAACCAUAUAUCAGAAAACAAGCAGAAGCAAACCAAUCCAAUAGAAUACUGGUUGCGAGACGCAAUCGAAUACGUUGACAAUCAAAGAAAUAUGUCUACAAUUGCGGAACGGCUGAAACAGACCAUUUUAGAGCAGGAUAAAGGUUUGAUCUACGAUGAUAUUAUAGAUGAAAAAGAAAUAAUCGAAGAAGAAGAGUUACAAGAUGUGGUGCGAGGUUAUCAAGGAGACGAUACGGACUCGAAUGAAUAUAAGGAUGACUUUAUACAGAUUGGCAAAGCAUAUAUAAGGCAAACUGAAGUGGCUAUAGGCGAACGACCCGAAAGAAAAAUUAUCAAUUAUCAGAAAGUCAAGCCAAUGUCUAUGCUUGAAUCUGGCAACUUUAAUAUAUUCGGUAAUACUGUGAACGAAAGUGAAUUAGACGAGAGCAUCACCAACAUUUCUCUUGAACGGUGGAUGAAAGAAGAUGAUGUGUCUUUAUGGCCAUUACCUGCUCGUUUGAAGGCCCAUAAAGUCUGGAUCGAUCAAAGAAAUAUGGCUUUAGAGUUGAAACUGAACAAUUUAAUGCAGCGAUAUUUGGGAUUGUCGCAGGAAAUCCGUAAAGUUAUGGCAGCGCAUGAAGCAAAAAUAUGUCGACAACAUCGUGUUGUUGGUAUGACCAGUACUGCGGCAGCGAAGUAUCACGAUUUACUAGCCGAGAUCCGCCCUAAAGUAAUGGUCGUAGAAGAAGCCGCAGAAAUGCUUGAAUCUCAUAUUAUCUCUGCGUUGACUAAUUCCUUGGAGCAUUUAAUUCUUAUUGGUGAUCAUCAGCAGUUGAGACCGUCGACAGCAGUGCACGAAUUGGCAGAAAAUCAUCACUUAAGUGUUUCCUUAUUUGAGCGCUUAGUUAUAAACAAAUUCCCUUUCACCCGUCUUUCUCAUCAGCGGCGUAUGCGCCCUGAAAUACGUACGUUAAUCAACCCUAUAUAUAAAGAUCCACCGCUCAAAGAUCAUCCUCAAGUACUGUCGUAUCCUCCCAUUCGUGGAAUGGAUCAAUCUUUAUUCUUUUUGGCACAUAAUGAAGAAGAAACAACCAUCAGUGAAUCAGCUUCUAAGGUUAACGAGCAUGAAGCUAAAUUUACGGCUAAACUAUGUGUUUACCUGAUGCUUCAAGGUUACCAAGCAGAAGACAUAACAAUUAUUACUAUGUACUCUGGACAAAAAUCGCUCAUUAAAAGAUCUCUGCGUGACGAACGACGCCCUGAUAUUGAUCUAGACUUGAUACACGUUAGCAGUGUCGAUGGGUACCAAGGUGAAGAGAAUAAGAUCAUCAUCUUGUCACUUGUUCGCAGCAAUUCGAACGGACAGAUUGGGUUUUUGAGAACUGCAAAUCGUGUUUGUGUAGCUUUAUCUAGAGCGCAGCAUGGUUUAUAUAUUCUGGGAAAUGCACGGUUGCUCUGUGAGAGAAGCGACCUUUGGAAUGAAAUCGUCGCGAAUUUGGAGGAUCAACCAGAACAUAUGAUUGGUACAAAGCUUGUAUUAAAAUGCCAAAAGCAUCAACGGAAAACUGAAUUACAAUGGCCAGUUGAUUUCUCGGAAGUUCCGGAAGGGGGCUGCUCCGAAAUGUGUGAUGAAAUCUUGCCAUGUGGUCAUAAGUGUAAUUUGAAGUGCCAUCCGUAUGAUCAUAGUGAAUAUCGCUGUACAGUAAGAUGUGACAAAGUACUAGAAUGCAAUCACGUAUGUACUCGCCGUUGCUGUGACCCUUGUACACCAUGCCAAGCAAAAAUGAGCGUUCGACUUCUCUGUGGCCAUAUCUGGACUGAAGAGUGCUAUCAAAUUCGUAAAAUAGCAUUAUCGCCUGAAGGACACCACUGCCCCACUUGUGGAGCUUCUUUAAAGUCUAAAUAGUUACUAAUAUUACAUUAAAAUAUCAUGCACACAAUACCCGGUGUCAAAAUGUGUUUCUUUUAACGUAAUUCAGGACAAUAAGAACCUUUUUCUUAUGCAAAGCUUACUCGCAUCCUCAUUGAUGACUGUCACAUAUACAAUUUUACAGCCAUAGUAUUACGUUUAAGAAGAGGUUAAAUUCUUCUGUCUUUUUUACAACAAAUUAAAGGAUGGGAAGUAGAGCAGGACCGAAAAUAGUAGAGCUAAAGAGUCCAGUCGAGUCAUUAAAAUUUCAUUGCGUACUUAUAAAUAAUUGUAUAAUUCUUUAUCUUGACGUAAGAUAAAUGAUUUAGUUCAUCC